GCCGAGGCUGAAGAGAGCGUGGCGUCGCAUUGACGUUUUUGCUCAGAAUCGCGACUAAGGCUUUUUUUUUUUUUUCUCCCUCUGAACGGUUAGGCUAUGGCUGCGAUAAAGGCCGUCAACUCCAAGGCUGAGGUGGCGCGGGCCCAGGCAGCUUUGGCUGUCAAUAUAUGCGCCGCCCGAGGGCUGCAGGAUGUGCUGCGGACCAACUUGGGUCCUAAAGGCACCGUGAAAAUGCUUGUUUCUGGUGCAGGUGACAUCAAACUCACCAAAGAUGGCAAUGUGCUGCUCCAUGAGAUGCAAAUUCAACAUCCAACAGCUUCCUUGAUAGCAAAAGUAGCAAGAGCUCAGGAUGACGUCACAGGAGAUGGUACUACUUCAAAUGUUCUAAUUAUUGGAGAGUUAUUAAAACAAGCUGAUCUGUACAUUUCUGAGGGCCUGCACCCUAGAAUAAUAGCUGAAGGAUUUGAAGCUGCAAAGAUAAAAGCACUUGAAGUUUUGGAGGAAGUUAAAGUGACAACGGAGAUGAAAAGAAAAAUCCUCUUAGAUGUAGCUAGAACAUCAUUACAAACUAAAGUUCAUGCUGAACUGGCUGAUAUGUUAACAGAGGUUGUGGUGGAUUCUGUUUUGGCUGUUAGAAGACCAGGUUACCCUAUUGAUCUCUUCAUGGUAGAAAUAAUGGAGAUGAAGCAUAAGUUAGGAACAGAUACAAAGUUGAUCCAAGGAUUAGUUUUGGAUCAUGGUGCCCGUCAUCCAGAUAUGAAGAAGCGAGUAGAAGAUGCAUUUAUCCUUAUUUGCAACGUUUCACUGGAAUAUGAAAAAACAGAGGUGAACUCUGGUUUCUUUUAUAAGACUGCAGAAGAGAAAGAGAAAUCGGUAAAAGCUGAAAGAAAAUUUAUUGAAGAUAGAGUACAAAAAAUAAUAGACCUGAAGGACAAAGUCUGUGCUCAGUCAAAUAAAGGAUUUGUCGUCAUUAAUCAAAAGGGUCUUGUUCUGUCACCCAAGCUGGAGUGCUUGGGUGGCACCAUCAUAGCUCACUACAGCGUUGACCUCCUAGGCCCAAGUGAUCUUUCCACCUCAGCUUCCCAAGUAGCCAGGACUACAGGUGUGCAUCACCAUGCCUGGCUAAUUUAUUCUCUUGCAAAACAUGGAAUAGUAGCUCUUCGCAGAGCAAAAAGAAGAAAUAUGGAAAGACUCUCUCUUGCUUGUGGUGGAAUGGCCGUGAAUUCUUUUGAAGAUCUCACCGUAGAUUGCUUGGGACAUGCUGGUCUUGUGUAUGAGUAUACAUUAGGUGAAGAAAAGUUCACUUUUAUUGAGGAAUGUGUUAACCCUUGCUCUGUUACCUUGUUGGUUAAAGGACCAAAUAAGCAUACUCUCACACAAGUCAAGGAUGCCAUAAGAGAUGGACUUCAUGCUAUCAAAAAUGCCAUUGAAGAUGGUUGUAUGGUUCCUGGAGCUGGUGCAAUUGAACUGGCAAUGGCUGAAGCUCUUGUUACAUAUAAGAACAGUAUAAAAGGAAGAGCUCGUCUUGGAGUCCAAGCUUUUGCUGAUGCCUUACUCAUUAUUCCCAAGGUUCUUGCUCAGAAUGCUGGUUAUGACCCACAGGAAACAUUAGUAAAAGUUCAGGCUGAGCAUGUUGAGUCAAAACAACUUGUGGGCAUAGAUUUGAAUACAGGUGAGCCAAUGGUAGCAGCAGAUGCAGGAGUUUGGGAUAAUUAUUGUGUAAAAAAACAACUUCUUCAUUCUUGUGGAGAUGGGGUUUCGCUAUGUUGCCCAGGCUGGUCUGGAACUCCUGAGCUGGACCGAUCCUCCUGCCUUGGCCUCCCAAAGUGCUGAGAUUACAGGAGUAAUUGGGCAGUAUCUUUUAACUGCAGUGGAGAAGUGUCAACACUACUUUGGCUGUGGGACCAGGAUCCUGCUGCCUGGAGGCAGAUUGGUGAGUGUGCCACAGGGGUUUGCCAAAUACAUGUGUGCUUUCCUGUUUCCCCCUUUGGCAUUCUUUCAAUCUCUGCUCCAGAACUGUGACUGAUGAGAUGUGCAGUUUGGGGGGCCUAAUGUUGCCAAAAGGCCACAAGGCCUAUAAAGCCAUUUUUCCUACAGUUCAGGAAAAAUAUUUCUGCCUAAGCACUGCAUGACAUGAAGUGAGAUCCCUUUUCUGUUACUUUAUUAUUAUCACAUUAAACUUUCUAGAGAUGCAGGCUUAACCUUACACCCAUAUGUGGGUAAGCUAAGGGACUAUAGUUUGAAGGUACCAAGAAUGUCCCGACAUUCAAACUUCCUACCUCCUGUGGCUAAAAUUCCAACAUUAGUAUUUCUUUUGGUCUGAGUUUUUGUUUUAAAAGCAAGUAUGUAGAAAAGAGUUAUAGCAGGCCCAGGUUUUAUCCUUUGAAAGGCCUGCUUUCAAGGUUGGUCCUUGGUUGAUAUCUGGGAAUUUGGAUUUGGGAGUGUUCUCACUACCCUACGUUCAGACUGUCAGUAUUAUUUAUACUGAAUACCUGCUUUCCUUUUGGAAGUCUGGAAUUUUGGGUACAUUUGGGUAUGUAGGCAUGUAGUUCCUAUAUAAUCAGCUUCUAAAAAAGAUCCUGGACUCUGGGUUUCUAAUGUGCUUUCCUGGUUGGCAACAUUUUACACAUUGUCAAUUUGUUGCUGGAAAAAUUAAGAACAUCUUGCCUGACUCCACGAGAGAGGACCUUGGAAAUUUGCACUUAACUUUCCUCUGGACUUAUCCCAUGUGCCAGAUGGGAUAAUUUGCUGACUUUGCUUUGUAUCAUUUCUCUGUAAUAAACUAUAGCCAUGAGUAUAACUACAUGCUGAGUUCUGAUCCACUGAACCCAGAAGUGGUCUUGUGGGCUUCUGACACAGCAAGUAUUCCUGAUAUCAAAGAAAAGAACACUACAGAACAAUAUCUGAGCAAAAUUCUUUAAUGAAAUAUGAGCAAACUAAAUCCAGCAUCAUAUAAAAAAGAUUAUAUAAUAUGACCAAGUGGGAUUUAUCCCAGGGAUGC